GGCCGUUUGGCUCCAGUGUGACUUGCUGCCUGCUUCUAGCACAAAGAGCGACGCCGUCACGGUCCUUUGUCGUCAUGGCCCGCGAGAUGGAGGAACUUUCUCAGGUGGAUAUGGAGUCCAUGUCAGAAAGCGAUGCCAUGCUGGGCGCGUCUGCACCCAGAAGGUGCUCCAGGAGCACUGUCGGCUUCUCACUUCUGGCCGUGGCUGGCGCUGUAAUGCUCAUGGCCCUGGCUCUGCCACGCAAGGAGCCUGCGCUGAAGAGCCACCACAAGGUCAUUGGCCUCAGCGAGGACGAUAUCUGGGCCUCUGUGUUGUCUCCAGAUGCCAUGAAGCAGUAUAAGAAAGAGAAGGCGCUCAACGAGGAGACCAUGGGCGAGAGCUCUCCUCCCAGCCCACCCCAGGCACCUCAGGCCCCACCACCUGCCACACGGGCGGCAUCGGAGACGGCCACCCAGGUUCAAAAGUCCGUCAGUGACGGGGCGCAACAGUUGAUGGACUUCUUUAAGCAAGGGCAGGAUGCCGGCACGACCGCGGCCAAGCAGGCCCAGGCUGCUGUUCAAAAGCCUAUGGAGGCCGUACAGAAAGCGGCUGAUCAGAUGAAGAACACCUUGAACCUGGGUGGUCCUACUGCUGGCGUCACGCCGCCGAGCGCUCCUGCAGUUCCUGCAGUGGUCACCGCCGCCCCGCUUCCCACUCUCACCAUUCCAGCUAUCACACUGCCCACCGUCGCCCCUGCAGUGGUGAACACCGUGAACAACGCUGUCAGCAGCGUGGGCUCCACCGUGAACUCCAAGGCGGAUCAGAUGAAGAAGAUGGCGGAUGAUUUCCUGAAGGAAGCGGGCACCGUGACCGGAGAGAAGAAGUCGCAGCUUCAGAGCAUCGCAGAGAUGCUGAAGUCGGAUGCCCAAAAGCUGGGAACGACCGCCACCAGUGCUGUCGCUUCCGUCGUACCCCCGGCCGCCCCCGCCACGCCGGCGACACCUGCCACGCCGGCGACACCCGCCACGCCCGCCACGCCCGCCACGCCGGCCGUGGCGACGGUGACGGACAACCCUUUGGAAUCGAAGCUGGCACCCAAGACUGGAGAUGGCAAUAAGUGCAUGGAGGACGAGGAGGAGUAUGGUGGCCUUUGCUACAAGCCCUGCAGCGUCUUGAGCGGUGGCUCCCACCCUUGCCGUGCCUCCGCCUGGAGCUGCUGCGCAGUGCCUGCGGGCCCCAACUGCCAGGCGAAAGCGAGCUUUGGAAAUUGCUGGAUCCACAUGGGCUUCUGUGGUGGAUACUCCGUGGCCGGCGAUGCGGAGGCGGCGACGGGCAGCAGCUGUCCCACCCAGGAGGGUGGCUGCUUGGAGAACGAGGAGAUGCUGAACGGAGAAUGCCUGAAGAAGUGCUCGUUGUUGACUCCAAAGUUCCCCUACCGCGUGGGGCCUGCCACCUGCUGCAGCAAGACGUCCGCCUGGGAUUGCUUCUGGCCCACGAACUACCAAUCCGACCCCAAAUUCAAUGUGGGUGGCGGCGCCAACGACGGCAACUCAGGCACUGUGAACACUGCUCAUACUCCCUACGCACUGCAGCAGUGAGGAUUGGGACUCUGACGGUUUCACUGGUGGAAAAGAGUUGCAUUGUACGGAUAUGAGGAGCGGCUGGCGCCGCGUGGAGGAACAACUCCAGUGUGGGAUCUGCAGAUCAGCCGUAUGACGGUGGAUCUGGUGUUGUGUCUUUUCAUUUUUUUUUGAAAAAUGCUGAUGAUCAAUGGACCACAUCACUUCUGAACAAGCAAUCUUUUUGC